CUUGCGGCUUGUGUUGGUUUUGCGAUUGUCACAACUGUAGCACGCGAGCGGCGCACAACAUCAAGGUAGCAAGCAACAGCCUGUCUGCGAGAAAAGCUCUCUGUAGAUGCAUGGUGGAAUGGGUAUCUGAGAUUUUACUAGAAGACGCUGGACCAUAUGUUCAGAGAGUGGGAUUUUAAAUUCUGUGUCCAUCUUAAUUGAUUAGAAAAAAGCGAUUCUGUGAGGCCUUGGACUGAAUCACUGAGGAAGAUGCAUGCUGUGCUUCAUGAAGUGAAACAUUAACAGCUCUGAUUGAGUCCCUCUGACAGCUCAUUGAAGUGCCUGCAUUCCUCCACUGCCAUGGCUUCUACACCUCCACCUCUCAUGAAGAAGCACAGUCAAACUGAUCUUGUGAGUCGCCUCAAGUCCCGCAAGGUCCUGGGUGUCGGUGGGGAGGAUGAUGACGGAGAGGUGCACAGGUCAAAGAUCAGUCAGAUGUUGGGUAAUGAGAUGAAGUUUGCUGUGCGUGAGCCCAUUGGUCUCCGGCUCUGGCUCCUCAUCUCUGCAGUGCUGUUCACAUCCACAUCCUUAAUGGCCUUGGCUUUUCCCAGCCAGCUCUACGAGAUAAUAUUUGAGAUCACCACCUCGAGGAUCUCCAUCAGACUCUACGGAGGAGCCCUUCUAUGUAUCUCAUUAAUUCUGUGGAAUGGCUUCUACACAGCAGAAAAGGUCAUCAUUCAAUGGACGCUACUUACAGAAGCAUGUUACUUCGGGGUGCAAUUUCUAGUGACGUCCAUCACCCUCUUGGAGAUGGGCACACUGUCCAACGGUGCAAUCGUUCUUCUUCUUAGUGAAACCUUCUUCCUCUUCGUCACCUUGAGUUACUAUCACCACCUUGGCCGGCGCUCCAAAAAGAUCUGAGGGAGGCCAGCUAUUUGUUAGAUGAGUAGAUUGGAUACAGUAGUACCUCUGCCUGGAACAAAUGAAUUUACACUUGACUGAAAAUCAGCCUCUUUUUGUGGGCAAUUUCCAUUUUAUGUAAGUACAAUAACUGGGUAUUUACUCUCAUUAGAUACAGAGGGCCACAGAUCAUUAAUAUUGUUUUUGUUACAUUAAGUUCACUACAGUGGGUAUAAUUAUUUGACAGCUCACUUUUUUGUAAAAGCAUUUUCUGAGAAUUUAUUGUAUGGAGGGUAAAUUUAUGGCUCAUUUAUAAAUGUCAGAGAAUCCCAAAUGUGUCAGAUUAGUUUGCAAAGAUGCCUGCAAUUCAUGUCAUAUUAAGUAAGAGUUUAGUGAACUUCCUCUAUGUGGUGUGUUAUUCUAUGGCAAGAAUGUAGUUUUAUAAUGGUGCUGGUUUUAUUCAUCAGACAAAAUAGGCAUAGCAUGACACAACAUACAACAAAUAAUACAGGACAAAAGGUAAAACAAGAAAUAGCAUACAUACAAAAUUAAUAAAUACAAAUUUGAAUCUGAUAUUACAGAAAUACAGUUGUUACAUUUACUUGUAGUUACUAACAUUUCUAAUAUAUUUAUUUCAUUCAUAUUAUUACCUCUGUAAAUCUGGUAAAUUGCAGUUAAAAUUCCAAAGUGAUAAACAAAUGCAUUCCUUUUGAAUGUAGGUU